AAAAGUGUAAAAUAGUUUUUUGAUUUUAUAAUAAAAAAAUAUUAAAUUUCAAAUUAUGGCUAAUAAAAAUGAAACUCAGCAAGAUGAAGUAAAUGCGAAUGACUUAAAUAGUAAAGAAAACAACGUGAAUUGUUCAAAAAAUUCAAUUGAUGGCGAGAAUCAUGAUUUUAGACAGAGUGAAGCACCAAAGGAAAUUUCAAAUCCAUUCUCAUUUAAGCACUUUCUUAAACAGGAUACUGUAACUCAUAACAUCAAUUCAUUGAAUGGAAAUGAAAUAACAGGUACAAGUAGUAACAAUAAUGGAAUUUUAUCUACAACGUCACCAUCAAGGUCUAGCAACAGUUCAACAGGAGCACGACCUAAAAUUCCACAAUUUCAGUCGGUUAAUGUAAUACAAAAUCAAUCAGAUUCACGUAUGAAAAGAUCACCAAAAUUUUCUUCCUUCGAUUCUCAGUCUAGUCUAUCUGAAUUAGCAGAAGAACGAAACAUGCAUGGAUCACGGAGUAAUAAUUGUUUCAAUACAGAUUAUCAAUUCCCAUCAUCACGUUCCUAUUCAAAUUAUGAUAUCGAGCCAUCAUCAUUGAAACAAAAUCUUGGAAGGCGCUCACAAAAUAAUGUUAAUAAUACAUCGAACUCAUCCAUCUUACCAGAUUUUGUACAAGAUCAUUUGCUUAUGGAAUCAUAUUAUAAUGAUAGUCCUUCAGCAAAUAUGUCUCCAUUAUCUUGUGAAGAUUUCAGUCUAGGAAAUUGUGAUGCAAUGAACCAUCAAAAUGGUUCUAAAAAUACACAAAAUAUGUCCAGUGAUUCAUAUGAUAUGCCAUAUAAUAAUCGUUCAUCAAAUAAUCGUAGACGCGCAAAUCCUACAAUUCCAUUAGAUCUUCCUACAAUAGAACGUUCGCAAAGAGGAAUGCAAAUUGGACUCCCUCCUUUAAUGGACCUAAGUGGAUCAAAUGUAACUGUGCAGCGAGAAGAAACAUAUGGUCCACACAAUGAGCCCGAAAUUACAAGAGAACAGGCAGCAAUUGAUAAAAUGCAAACUCUUCCAGAUUUUCUCUCUGAUGGUCCAAUACAUUCAUCUGGAAGAUUGGCAGAUAUAGCUACUAUAUCUGUUGAUGAGGAUAACCAAUCUUUAAUUAUUAGAUUACAACAAGAGAAUGAACGUCUUCGCACAGAUUUAGAAGAAGGUCGGCGAAUUACUAUUGAUCUCGAACAGCAAAUAAGUCAUGCUAAAAACAUAGAAACUCAAUAUAAUGUUACUUUAGCUGAAAGUAUGGAACAAGUUGAAGAGAAUCUCUUCGCCAGUAAUCAACGAGCUGCAGAGGCAGAAGUUGUUGCUAAUAAAUAUAAGCAGCAAGUGAAACAAUUAACUAUGGAAAUUCAACAUUUAAGACGGGAAAAUGAGACUCUUCGUGAAGGAGGUGCAGUUGGGGGUGUUUCAAUGAAUUCAAAUUUGAAUAAUCGACAUGUGGCUAGAGAUUUGCGUUUGGCAGCAUCAUCAGCUGAAAAUAAUUUAAGACAAUUAUUGACGGGUGUUGAAAACUUGCGAUUAAUUGCGAAAACAUUAGAAACCAUGGAGCCAUUCAAAACUUCAAAUACUGACUAUCUAUCAGAUGACACCGAUGAGAAUGAAGGACCAGCUUUGUAAACAUGUGCAUCCUUUUUUUUUAUUUUUUGACCCAUCCAACAAAAUACAAGAAGUGAAUACUUCACUUAGUAAUUUCUUAAUUUCUUUAUUACUUUGUUGACAAAGCUACUUUGAUAUCUAAAGUUGAAAGAAUUAAAGCCAGAACAUCUGUUGUUAAAUUAUUUUUAUAUUUUGUGAUACUGCAUAAAUUAAAAAAAAAUGUUUUGCAUUCUUUUGUUUCAUCUUUUGUUAGAUAAUAUGCAAUAAAUUAAUAAACGUACAUGUCACAUAAAAU